UGCGUUUCCUCUUACAGGAGCAACCCACUCAUCAGUCUGAAUUACGCAAUCCUGCUAUACAAUCAAGGUGAUAAGAAGGAAGCUGUGGCCCAAUACUACGAGAUGCAAAGAAAGGUUAAUGCGUUAAAAGGGAGCACGCUGGAUUUUGACCCCGAGAUGGUGGACAUAGCCCAGAGGCUGGGCGCUUCCUUACAGCUCGGAGAGGUUGCGAUCUGGAAUAAACCCGGUAAAGACUCAAAACUGAAGCCACGAGGGGCUGCACCCAGUGCGCAGCCAUUGGGUUCCAAUCAAGCUCUGGGGCAGGCCAUGUCUUCUGCGGCUGGCUACGCAAAGACCAUGAGUCAAGUUAUUGGAAGCUCAACAACACACCUGGCAAAGGUUCCUACCGUACCUUUGGCCCCUAAACCCGACGAACCUCCUCCUCCUCCUGAGGAACUCUCGUCUACUCUAAAACCGCAGGAGCAAACUCAACCCAUCGCACAAGCCGAGGAAUCUUGAAGAGAGGGCCAACUUGGAACUGCCUAUUCAACCUAUUGGAUGCAUAGGGACAAAGUGCAUUUCGCGUCCUACAAACUUUGCACCAGACCAAAGAGUGCAGCAGUCCUCUUGCUCACAAUUAGCUGAGCAGAUCCUCAGAAGUUGGGUGGUUUUCUGAACAUUCCACGCGUCGGCUAAUGAAAGAUAGGGGCAAGGUUUGAGUAGCUUUCCCUGGACCUUCCCAACAGGAAGAGAAGUGAGUUUAUUAAGUUUCUACUACGAGAUGUCUAUAGAUUUUUGAGAGUAGUAAGCCCUUUGUAGUUUAAUAUUUUUCUAGUGAGGCCGAGUUACUUUUUUGGUUGCAUUACGAGCCGUGGUGGCACAGUGGUUAGAAUGCGGUGUUGCAGGCUAAUUCUGCUGACUGCCAUCAGUUCG